GCUCGGAGCUCCUGGAGCGCAGACAUGUGAGGAGCCCGUAGUGAAAAGGAAAAGCUGUUGGAAAAACAAAAGAGCUCUCCCAACAACAAAUCCCUCUGUAGCUCUGAGACUCAAAACGGAUUAUAAAGCGCAUUUACCGGCUCGAAGCGAUUCAGGAGCAACUUUGCUACUGUUUUUUUUAAUUUUAUUUUAUCUUUUAUUUUGGUGCAGAUCUUCAGUCACCAGCUGGCAACCUUCUCAACAUCUCCAGGCUUUGAACAUAAAGGGAUCCGCACACGAUCGGAUUGCAUCCCUGUAACGGACUAAAGGGGUGAGGAAGAAGAGAGAGACAGUGAGGAGGUCUGCAUGAUGUUUGCCUUCCUUGAAGGUGAGAUUAUCUAUUAACAGCUUGUGGCGGAAAAUCAGGUUCAGGCAGCCACUCUCUGGAGGAAUGAUUGUACAUAGCGUAAGGACUGCACUGGGACCAGUGCUGAACAGCAUGAUGACUCCAGCUGACUCAUCAGAUGUGGCAUAAGAUGGGGGACCAUGAUUUACAUUUGUCUAGAAAUGUUUUUAUCCACACAGAAUAGAGGAACCUGCAGACCACAUAACUGAAACCUGAAAUGAUGUGGAUUAUUAUGGAUUUUAAUGAGGACCAAGGGACACCAGUACAAUAAGCCCUACAGUCGAGAGAUCUGCAUACAUCUCUGCUACCUUUUGGCUGUGGCUUUUUUUUCCGCUGGGAGAACGGCAUGGAUCUGUCCCAGGACCACCUGUCAGACUGGAGCUCAGUGCAGCCCAGCUUCUCUCCGCUGCUGCAGUACGACGGCUCUCAGGAAAGACUCAACCACACCUACGGCUUCCACAGCUCUGUAAUGCUGUCCUCCACUUUCAGUUCCCCCACUGCCUCCCUCCAUCAACCUCUGCCUUCUCUGCUCCCCUCCUCCCUCAUUCCUUACUCCUCCCUCAUCUCCUUCCCUUUAUUCUCCACCACUUCAGCCUCAUCCUCUCCACAAACAUCCACUUUUGUCUACCAAGCCUCCUCCUUUCCUUUGUCCCUGUCCACCUUUCCUUUGAAAGACUUGGCCAACCUGGAGAGCAUGCUGCUCUGGACUGUCCACGAGCCCAGCACGAUCGCUCUGACCGUCAUGUACUGUCUGUCUUUCAUUUUGGGAUUCAUUGGGAACUUAAUGUCCCUGCGCGUCCUCACCAACAGGCGGAGCCGGCGGCUAGCUGGUGUCAGCGCCACUCGCAGUCUGCUGGUGAACCUGGCGGUGUGUGACCUGGCUGUGGUGUGUGUGUGCAUGCCCAUCACCCUGGGAAGUCAGAUCUACACCGCCUGGGUGUACGGCGACCUCCUUUGUCGGGCGGUGCCCUUCACGCAGGCUGUUUCAGUCUCAGCCAGUGUGUUAACGCUGACUGUGAUCAGCGUGAAUCGCUACUACAGUGUUCGAUCGCCACUGCGAGCUCGCUCCAUGUUUACCCGCCGUCGAAUCUUGGCGACUGUAGCCGUGGUGUGGACAGUGUCUUCGAUCAUGUGCGCUCCUAUUGCAGUGAUGAACCAGCGGCGGGAGAUCAGCUUUGAGACAUUUGCCAUCUUGGUGUGUGAGGAGAGGUGGCCUCAGCAUCGCCUUAAACAGGGAUAUAAUGUGCUGCUGUUUGUGAUGCUCUACUGCCUGCCAGUAACCUUUAACCUCACCAUAGGCUUCCUAACUGGCAGGCGGCUUUGGGGUGGAAGAAAAUCCACUUUCGCUGAUCUCGACCCUCGCAGCGAAGCUCUGCAUGCCUCGCGCCUAAAGACGCGCCAGAAGAUCGCCAAGAUGGUUGUGUGUCUUGUGCUGCUGUUUGCAGUGUCCUGGCUGCCGCUCUACUUGGUUGACCUUUGGAUCGACUGCGAGCAAAGGCCGUCGUCUUGGCUCCUGCAGACACGGCCAUUUGCCCAGUGGCUGGGCCUGACAAACUCCAGCCUUAACCCCAUUUGUUACUGUUUCAUAGGGGAUCUGUACCGCUCAGCUAAAGUGAUACGGACGCGAUACUACCAGAAAGUCUCCGCUAUAUUCGGCUCCUCUUCAUUCUCCAGCUCAGCUGCCGUGAUGUCUCCUACUGCAGUGAUUACAGACACCAAAGUGACUGCUGCUGAGCGGCACCAUAUUUCUGCCGCCGCUGUGGCAGCGUCUGCAUCCAUCGUUGCAAUCCCCAGGCUGUUGAGCUUAGCUAGAGGACAGGGACUUGGGCGGAAGGUCGGAGACAGUUCAGACAGCCGAGCAGGAUCCGACCACAGUAUCUCAGACUGGUGUCGGUCCAGUCCCAGUGUGUGUGACAGCUCCUUGUUCCCCUGCCAGCCCCACACACUCCAGCACUCCAUACAAACAGCAGACUUUCUGCCAACGAGAAGACACUCUGUGAUGGAGAACGUAGGAUCAUUACCUUUAAGAAUGGAGUCUGUGGACAUAGACGUGCUGCCUUUGAGGAGGCAUUCGGGGGACAGAAUAUAUGGUCUGUCAGCUGAUAAGAGAGACAUCAUUACCAUGGGCAGAGACGCUCUCUGUUACUCUGGGCAGUACAGAAGCAAAACCUCACAAACCUACUAUCUGGUAGGAGAUGGGCAGGAUGAAACAACCGAUAUGACCAGCCUGUGAAAGCUGCAGAUUAUCUGAAGAAUCAGCAUGGAGAUUUUUUUCUUGUUAGUCCCACAGGCAGCAAAAACUAAAUCGGCUCCUGAUUCAGUUUGCAGUUGACAGUGUGGGUUUAUCCCUUGCAAAAGCCAUUUUUUGUCUUGAGGAUAAACUGGCUUGGUCGAAACACUCCUUCCUUCUCUGUAUAGUAUUCUUUCAGUAUCAUCGAAAGCACAGGGGAUUCAGGAUCAACGUUCACACAACGAUCAGGUUUUUGAAGGCAGAUGGAGGGAGCAGUGAUGGAGUGAAGCCUGCAGGGGGAAGAUCUGGGGGUUGUGUAGCCACGGGCCAGUUAACACCCAGAAUCACUGAUUAAAGCUGUGCACCAUUACAUGCAAGUCAUAUCAUAAGGGAUUUAGCUGCUAGUCACAGUCAUGUCUGCUUAAGUCAAUAACCCAGCAGGGUGCAUAUGUGUGAUUAGUUUUGUUUACUUUAUGUUAUUCUCUUUCUUUCUUAUUGCUUUGCUAAUGCAGGGACAUAAUGUAUUAGAGCUUCUGACUGGUCUUUACAGGAUAAUGUCACCAUCAAUGUCUGCAGUCUGUGAAAAAUGUGUACCAUAGCAGCAGUUGUUCACUUGUGCAGUCAUGCAGUUGAUUUGCAGGGAAUAUGAGACAUAUUCUAUAUGAAAGAGACAAUCUAAAACUUGCAAUAGAAUGUAUGGUUUUGUUUUGCACAUAACUCUGUGAAAUUGCUUUUAGGUAUAAAAAAAAACUUUUAAGGCUCAUCAGAUUUUUUUAA